AUGGCAACAGCGGCGCCCAACCAGCUCCAAUUUGGGGAGAGCCCCCAGUAUCCCGCUUACCUGCCCAGCUUUCCUGGGAAUGCUUAUCUCCCUCCCCCAAGCCCCGGGGGUGCCCCCUGCCAGCCGCCCCCAUCGGGCUCCGGCCCAGACCUGCGACCCUCGGCGGCUGCAGCCUAUGAAGGGUACCCGGGACCUGGAUCCGGUCCAGCUUCACUUCUUCCAGUCAGCCUGGCGCCUCCAGCACCGCAACUCAAGGGUCAGCCAGCCACGUCGGGGUCUGGGUCGGGGUCGCAGCGCAGGAAGAGAACGUCUUUCAGUCCUGAGCAGCUGCAGCUACUGGAAUUGGUGUUUCGAAGGACCAUGUACCCAGACAUCACCUUGCGGGAACGCCUGGCCGCCCUCACAAGGCUUCCUGAGUCCAGGAUCCAGGUAUGGUUCCAGAACAGACGUGCCAAAUCCCGUCGGCAGAGAGGAAAGUCUUAUAAUCCCUCAGGAGGACCAGAGCUCUUCCUCAACCACCCUCCUCUUGGAACCGAAGGGGAGCAUCUGGUUCCCCUGCUGCCUCUUGAGGUAGAUGUGAACUGCCUGCCUGAUCCAAGCAGGGGUGGAGUUGGGCUCUCUGGCCCCAACAGCCAAGGACAGAGUUUUGGAACCUUUUCCCCUAUAUCUGAAAACACUGGUUCAAAGCUAGACUUAUGGGAGGAGCGUAUCUUAUCUACCUUCAGCAAUUCUUGA